CCACGCUGCCUGCUUUCUCCUAUAAAUUACACAUCCCUUUACCCACAUUCUCCACCCUUCAUAUCAAAACAUUCUUCUUCAUUAUAAUCUUGUGCCUUUCACCUCAGUCAUUAUUCGCAGAACAACAAUUUAGUUAGUUUCAACUUCUUCUAACCACUGCAGCAACCAAAACAGAGAAAGACACGACCCAUUCAUAAAGAAAACUUAAACUAAAGUAGAACCCAGCUUGCUGCGAAACCAUACUCACACAAAGGCUCAGUUGACCAAGAGUCGCAUUGCUUUUACAAGACGAGUUACGUUUGACUUCGGACUUUGUCCAAAUCAAGGUGGGCUUUAUUUUACGUACAAUGUAUCUUGAGUUUUAUAAGCUCUGAUAUUUCAUGAAAGUUACUUGUUUAUCCAAUAUAAAUAUUUUUAUGUGCGUUCUGUAUUGUUUAAUGCUCGCAUAAGCAUCGAUCGAGAUUCUCAUUUGGCCUAACACGUUAGAUGAGGAUUGUGUACACAAGGUUAGUGGCUCGAUGGGUUGAUCGCCAUCGUGCACUAACAAAGCUAAGAGGCGUUAUAAGGGUGCUUGUCUGGAUGUGUUCCGAAGCACAGUUAUGGUUAUUGAUCUGAUCGGGUGCGUCCCGAGAUUGAUAAAUGGGAGAAAAGAAAGCGAUCUGUCGGUGGCUAGAGGUCCGGGAUCAUAAGCAGCGAGUAACAAUCGAACGUUACAUGGCGCGCCACUUAAUGAGAAAAAGUUUUAUCAUGCUUAGAAGUGGAUUUCUAUUUUAAAACCUUCUGAGUUAUGAUUGUGAUAUUGGAUAAAUUGUCUUGGUUAUUUCAUAAAAUAUUUAUAAAAUGCAUAGCCCAUUGAGUACACUAGUGCUCAGCCCAAAAUAUUUUUUAAUGUUUUCAGGUUCAUCAGUUGGUGCAGACGGGUGUUUACCUCAUUUUUGGGUAGUAUUUGCGAGUUUUCUGCUAUGCAUUCGAGCGAGUUUCUUAUCGUUUUGCUCUAUUUUUCACGUGCUCGAUGACUAUUUGGGUGUUCUACUGUCGUGCGCAGGAUUCGGGAGUUGUUGAGCGUUUUUGGCAUCGUUUCGAGCAAUUUUUGGAAGCAAGCUCACGGCCGCCGCCGUCAAGACGCCGGCCGCGGCCCCACGGCGCGCGCCGUGCAAAUCUGGGAGAAAUCAGCGAAGGCAGGCCACGGCGGCGCCGUCCCACGGCGGCCGCCGUCCACGGUGUUGGACCUUUGAAUUCGCUGCUCUGGAGGGCUUCGAAUUCUCUGCUCGGGGCGACUUCCCUGCUCGAAGCGGGGAGCGAUUCCUCUGGCAGCGGGGAAACUUCCUUGCUCGCCUCGAUUCCUCUGCUCGGGGAGACUUCCAUGCUCGCCACGAUUCCUCUGCUCGGGGAGACUUCUCUGCUCGCCGCGAUUCCUCUGCUCGGGGAGACUUCCAUGCUCGCCGCGAUUUCUCUGCUCGGGGAGACUUCCCUGCUCGCUGCGAUUCCUCUGCUCGGGGAGACUUCCCUGCUCGCCGCGAUUCCUCUGGUCAGGAGAGCCGCGAUUCCUCUGGCGCCUCCGACUCCGCUGGACUCCGCUGCACUGGAGGACUCGGCCCCGCUGGAAUGGAGGACUCGGCCCCGCUGGCCUUGAUCCCGUUGGCGUCGAUCCCGCUGGAGUUGAUCCCGCCGUCCCUGUGUAAUUUCGGUAGUUACGUUUCUUCCAUUUAAAAGCCCAUUUUUAGGGUUUUUCACCAGACUUUUCGACCUCAGCAGCCUCCAGGCGAUUUUACCUUUGUUUUCCUAGUUUUAGAGUAGUUCAAAUAUCAACAAACAUCUUUUGGCUUGGUGGAUUGAAGAUUACGUUAGUUUCAUUACAUUGGAUUCAAGAUUUAGAUCGUACUCGCUGUAAGAACUCAGUUUAUGUUUUCUAUAGGAUUGAAUGCUAGUCUAU